AUAAAGAACGCAGAGAUUUUGAGGCGGGUAAAGCAAUAGUAGCAAUAAUUCUAUAGUUAUCAUAUAUGUCAUUAUGCAUGCAGUGGAUUUUUCCAAGGCCCAUUGUUUGUUAUGAAUCAUCCCACAGUGGCGCUGAUAUUGGUGUAUUCUUAUUUAUUGACCGUCGAGGAGGCUAGGUCUGUUCAGAUCCAAAUUAGGACUAGCGCGCUAGUGCCGUUCCAACGCCUCACUCACCACCGACCCGACCUGACCAGUUUGCUAUCUCCAUUCCCCGUUCUGCCCGUCCUACUCCGCAGUCAUCUCCAUCACCCGCGCAAGGAGUUAUGGCCUUGGUCGGGUCGCUGCUGAUUCUACCGUUUCUGUGAGCUGUGGCCUGUGGCAAUAACCGCCACGACCCCUGCGCCCUGGUGGAGUGGUUUUGAACUGCCUUUCUUCGAACCGUGACGGAGGUUUUAUCGAUUUUGAUCCCAUUCCGCUCGAUCUCCUUGUUAUAAUCUGUUCAAUUACUCCGUAUUGAUUACCCAUUUGCUAAAUAUCUCGUGUUCGAUUACGUUUCGUGGGCAGUGGUAUAUGCCGGAACUCAUCACUUCGCCAGAACGACGCCCUCUGCCUCAGCGGGACCCUUCACCGCAUCCGCCACACCUACCUCGAAUCCUCGAUCCUUCUUGAUUAUCAACCCGAACCUACAUCUGCCACACGGGAUUCGCUGCCCCUUAUAUAGCUUUGUAUGAACAGAGGGCGCCAGGGUGCAAUGUGGCCGCCCAGUGACCCCUCAUCGCCUCUAUUUCCACAUCUCGAACCAGUCAUUCUUGACGGCGACAUGGAAAAUCCCUAUGUUGAUGGGAAUAUGAAAUGUUUUGAUCCUGCUGUAUUACAAUCAUCAGGGACAAAUGGGGGAGAUGGUUUCGAUGAUAUCUUCCUACGGCCUUCGACAGCCACUCAAGAAUCCAACUCAACGUCAUGCUUGUCGCCAGCUAGGUUAAUGAAAGCAGGACAUCAACCCUCCACGGCAAAUUUUGCAGAAACCCAUUCACCAUUAUCCGAUACCCGCUCCGAUUCUCCUCAAGCUUCGAGCCAUAGCUCGUCAGCCGACUCGCCUCUUGGACAUUUGCGGACCGGUUCUCUGGCGUCUAACAAUUCUGCUGUGUUUAGCCAGCACAGCGGGGCAGGAGAACGCUUCUCUACUCCUGGGUGGCCGAGCUUGGACGACUUCACUGUGGGGGACUCGCCUUUGUUUGGGCAAACUAACGACACCCCAUCAUUUAAUGGCGAUUAUAUACUGGAUACCGACCUGGAAACGAGCAAUAAGGCUAUGAGUUCUGCAUUCGACUUUGAUAGUGCCGCCAGCAGUCCCAGCCCUCUUAAGAUGGAGAUUGCUCCAGAAACUAAUCUUAAAUCUCAACGACCCAAAAAGGUAUUUCGAGGCCCAUCAAACACAAUAAAUCAAGUCAUUGAAUCCAAUUCACCACCGUCCAAUUUCCCUCCUACCUCAGCCAACCCUUUCUACUUCCGUGGCUCAUCAGAUGCGUCGAAACCCUCAGUAUUCUACAACAAAAACCAAUCCGGUACGAACCAGUGGGACCGUCGAUCGUCAGGUUCAGAACUAGAGGAGACUUUUGGAAGCAUUAACAUGAGCGGCACCGCCUCUCCUCUAAGCUCUACACUCUCGCCAAGUCUAAAUUUCGGAGUGAAUGCACUUAGCUUCGAUCCGAUGACACAACCUUCCGUUCCCCAAGUACCCACCAACGGUGACGCUGCAUCGUUCCCUACGACCUUGAGUCAGCACAACUACCGUCAGCCACAGUUGAUUGUUCACCCAACGUCUUUGAAGUCGCGAGUGGAAACUCAAAUUCCGAUUAAGCUUACGCUAUGCCCGUUGCCGCCCGGUAUUAAAAAGCUGCGACUCCCAAGCCAUGCCAUCUCCAAGCCAAAAUUCCUCGCCAAACCUUCCUCUGGCCCUUCGCCAGAGAUCCUUGAACUUCGUACGAACGUAGUCUGUACCAGUGCUAUGCAGGAUAAGAAGAAACUGGAACGAGCAUAUGCAAGAGCACGAGGGGAAGAACCUCAAAAUACUCCUGCAGAGUCAGACUCUAAGAAAGAAGGGGAAGCUAAGGAGGAGACCCCGCUAGAGGGGGGAGAUGUCAAGAUAUGCUCUGGGUGUAUUCAAAGAGAACGAAAGCGGGCCUCGCGCAAAAAGCAAAGGAAGCCUGAAGAGGACGAAUUGUUCCAACGGGACGAAGAUAAACGAGUUAUUGUGUUCAACACAACGCAACUGAAAGAUUGGGUAGAACCCGCCAGAACCGUGGCAGGGAGUACUGAAUCUCCUGCUGCAAUUACCCCUCUCGGUGCGAUGCAGGUCGAGCUGCCUAUGCGAAUUGCCUGUUAUUGCCGACACCAGAAUGAGAAGCUCGGAUUUCAGGUGAUUUUUACGAUCAAAGAUCACCUCGGCAACACCGUCUCUCAAGCGAUAACGAACUCCAUUAUGAUCACAGACGACCAUAAAACCCACGCACCUGCAAAUUCCGUUCCACAGAAUUCUACGCUUCUCGGGGGACAUCAACUUCCUGGUGCUGGAGUGUUCCCUGCCAGCGCCAACCCGAACAUGGCCGCCUCAUUGGUAGCUCAACCCCCUUUCCGGCUAUCUCAUUCAGCGACAGAUUUGCAAGCACUACGAAAGAACCAAUUCCCGGUUUCUCGGGAACCCUCCAGCACAACCCAAAAGAUGCAAUCCAACACCCCUGCUGUGUUCCCACCUCGAAACCUUUCGAGACAAGCUUCGCCGACCGACUUCCAAGGUCCCUCCAGCAAGCGACGUAAACAGAGUGGUUCGGGUAAACUCCCUGUUGGGUUGACAAUGACAAAAGUAGAGAGCUCUCGCAACGCAGUUGCGGCCGCAAACCCUGCUUUAAAUAAGCAGAGCUCUCAAACGUCUAGAAAACAACCAUUCAAUGGACAAGCUGAGAGACCGUUUGUGAUACCUGCCUCGAUGACCCCGCAAUUCGGAAACGGUCCACCCACGCCAAACAACAACGAUAUGGCCUUUUUCAGCCCCAUCGAUCGGCCCAGAUCAUCUGAAAACCCUCCCCAGCAACAGUUGAUAUCUGCCCCAAAUUCAGCCCAAACAAGUCGGCCCGGAAGCCCAGGCCCCGGUAACCACUUCCAGAGUCCUACAAACCCCCCGGCCGGUCCUGUUAUGUCGAGCCAGUUGUGGGGUAUUCCUCCACCCAAUCCUCCAAAUCGACUACCCACCAUGAUCCACAAACUUGUCCCCUCCGAAGGCUCAACCACGGGCGGAAGUGAGGUAACACUGCUAGGUAGCGGGUUCUAUCCAGGAAUGGAAGUUGUAUUUGGCGAUACGCUAGCGACAACAACCACAUUUUGGGGAGAUAAAUGCUUGAAUUGUCUUACUCCUCCUGCAUUGCAGCCUGGCACUGUACCUGUUGUUUUCAAACAUGAACACCCAACUUUUGGACAGGUCCAGCCAUCGACUCAACCCAUAAUUCCGAAGCAACCGAUAUUCUUCCGCUACGUGGAUGAUCGAGAGCUUCAGAUGUACCGCGUCGCACUUGGCAUUCUGGGCCAGAAGCUGAGAAAUCCUGCAGACGCGUUUCAGACCGCUCAGCAAAUCAUGGGCGGAGGAUCAAGCAAUAUGUGGAACUUGCAGGGUAAUUACCAAGGCAAUGGACACCAAGGUCAUGGAAACCAGAAUUCACAGGAAACCAUUAAUGAUUUAGAUGCGAAGAUGCUUGUUUAUCUUGAGUUUAUGGAUUUGGAUGACAGUCCUAGGUCACCACGCUUUAAUCGCCGGUCUCCUUCUGGACAGACCCUUCUUCACUAUGCAGCUUCACUUGGGUUAACUAGAUUUGUUGCUGGACUGCUUGCCAGGGGUGCGAAUCCGAAUGUACAAGAUAAUAAUGGCAACUCGCCCCUGCAUUUGGCGGCUUUGAGUGGCCAUACUCACAUUGUCCAUCGUCUACGCUUGGCUGACGCAAACGCGGCUGCUACGAACUUGCGCGACUUCACACCGGCUGAUCUUGCAACCUCAUUAGAAACGCAUCAAGCAGUCCUUGUACCUGCUCGACACUACCGAUCGCGUAGUGUCGGUUCAACUCGGUCGUUGCGCCGUCGCCCAAGUACUGCAUCACUUGACAUGUCCUGGGAAAUUUCAUCCGGCGGUUCCGAAAAUAUUGUGGUGGAUUCAUCGGAUGAUUCAUCGGAUGAAAGUGAAGAACCCGACGCUUCAGGGGAAGCUUCUGACACUGCCUUCUACUACCCACCAUCCCGACGAGCGAGUACUCGCCAGGACAGCAAUGCUGGCUUCUACUUUUCCCGUUCUCACGAAUCUAGCUCUCAACCUAGCGGUGGACUACCACCAGCUGAUGGAGAAAUCGAGGUUGCAGAUGAGAGUAAUGUGUCGUCACCUGCAAGGCUUAUGGCCUGGCGCAACCAACUCGCGGCUCAAAUCAACCAAUUCCAGCAGAGUGUCAAUUGGACUUUUCCCAACCUUCCAGCUCUACCUCCGAUGCCGACGCUUCCAGAUUAUCAAACAUAUCCUAUGAUGCGGCGGAUUACAUCCCUCGUCCCGCAGCGGCCAACUACGUCAUGGUCUACAACUGUGGUUAAGGAUAGCUGGGACCGCUUAACUGGCAACUCCUCCCCGCCAGCCUACGAGGAUUUGUAUCCAGUUGAUGAAGCGGAGGAGGAUUAUGAACUCAAGAAAUCGUUAAUGGUCCAGGCUGCAAGGGACGCGGCACUCGAUCGGCACUUCGAAACGUUUUCGGAAGGCGAGGCGUCAUCCUCUAGCUCCGUCUCGAUCCCCAAAGAGAUUGGAGAUGUCAGAAUCGGACGUGCAAAUAUUCCUCGUGAGCAACAAGAGCAGCUGCGGCAGGCUCAUGCUCGCAAGAUGAAGAGGAUCCGCAGCGAUCGAAACCUCUUUUUCAUCUGGAUUCCGCUUCUUGUUGUCAUUGCUAUUGCAAUGUUGCAGAACCUUGUGCCCGAUAUUUGGCGCGGCAUUUCUCAAGGCUAUCAAUUUUUCAAAGCACGGAGCCGGCCUCGAGCUCAAGAGUCCCAUAUGGUUCCCAACUAAUAUGGCUCUGCUACACUUCUGAUAUUGGAUGGCAUGCCCUGGUAGAUGUUUUUUGGAAUAUGAGCCUUCUGUCUUGUUUGUUUCCCUCGUUGCUGUAGCUGGAUAGUGUCUGCUGCAUGGAGUUAAUAUGCCUUUUUAUGUAACAUUGAAAGACAUUUCGAUCAUUGCUCGAGUCAUUCAUUACCUUUUUUCUAUGCCCUUCAUUCCAUAAACGUCGAUUAUGAUGGGUUCUUUUUUCUUCGUUCUCUGAUAUUUUCUCUAUAUACAUAGGUAGAUAGAUAUCUAAUUCCAACUUUUAUAUUGAAUUGAAUCGUUUCCCCACGCACUUGCAGUAUAUUUGGUCGAAGGUCUUGUAGAUAACUGGAUAGAAGGAAGGCUGUCAGUUACGCUUUAAAGGCGAAAUACCAAUAUGUACCCGUUAGAUGCUCUUAUGGUUGGAUAUCAGUGGAGAAAAGCGGUAUAGUGCACAUAUUGAUGUACUGAUUCUUGGAGAAGAAAGGUAGCUAGAAUAGCUAAGAUGAGAUGAACUAUAUCUCUCUAUUUAUUAUAGGAAAACCAACUUUUCCAUGUAAAAAACACUGUAAUGUGACAAAAUAU